UCACUAGUUUCUUUAAGCUCUGGAGGCUGCAUUGCUGGGUGAGACUCAGGUGGGCAUCGCCUCCGGUUCAGGAAUGACCACUUCCCAAGGUGCGGGCACAAUAAGGAAUUCUCCAUGCUCCACUGUGGGAAGUCUUACAGCCCUUAGUUUCACUUAAGCUUUGUGUCACCUUCUGAAAAGUAAAAUCAGGAUCGAAACUCUUUCAUGGUUAGAGGGAUAACAGAACCUAUUUGUGACAUGACCCUGCUGGGCUCAGAAGAGACCAGAGCGGUUUCUGGGGGAAGCCUUGUAGCACACAAGUGCUUCAGUCUCCUCUCUUGAUUUGUUUUCGUGCAUUUUUAAUAAGAAAAAAGCCAUUUGUAAUGUAUGACUUAUGUGGGGUCCUGUCACCCUCUUGCUGUGUGGCAUGGGUGCCCCUCAUUGUACCCAGGGGCUGGCUUCUCCCUCUCCACCCUCCCUCUGGGAUAGCAGUAGUGUUAGGUUAAGAAGGACAAGGAGACAGAGCGAAUUCUAUGGGUGGACGUGACUCUAGUUGUUAGUUUGACUUUGUUCUUUCCAGAUGCACGGAAGCCUGGUUUCUUAGAGCUGUGUGGUUUUAUUUCUUGCUAAGGAGGUCAUUUCACAUGUCAUGGGUGGAUGGUCAAGCUAUGGCUGUAGUCCGCAAAAUUCUGGACCUGGUACAGAGCAAGGGCGAGGAAGUGUCUGAAUUCUUCCUCCACGUGCUCCAGCAACUCACAGAUGCUUACGUGGACCUCAGGCCUUGGCUGUCGGAGAUCGGCUUCUCCCCUUCCCCGCUCAUUCAGGGCAAAACUGUGCUCAACACCGACCCAGUGAGCAGGUACACCCAGCAGCUGCGGCACCACCUGGGCCGAGACUCCAAGUUCACGUUGUGCUAUGGCCAGAAGGAGGAGCUGCUGCUGGAGGAGACGUACACGGACACCAUCAUGGAGCUGGUCGACUUCAACAACGAGAGCCUGGGCAGGCUGGGCGGCCUGGCCUGCCUCCUGGACCACGCCACGGGCGUCCUGGACGAGCAGGGCGAGACGGUCUUCAUCUGCGGGGACGCUGGCGUGGGCAAGUCCAUGCUGCUGCAGCGGCUGCAGAGCCUCUGGGCUACCGGCCAGCUGGACGUGGGGGUCAAGUUCUUCUUCCACUUCCGCUGCCGCAUGUUCAGCUGCUUCAAGGAAAGCGACACGCUGUGUCUGCAGGACCUGCUCUUCAAGCACUACUGCUACCCAGAGCAGGACCCCGAUGAGGUGUUCUCCUUCCUGCUGCGCUUUCCGCACGUGGCCCUCUUCACCUUUGACGGCCUGGACGAGCUGCACUCGGACUUGGACCUGAGCCGCCUGCCCGACAGCUCCUGCCCCUGGGAGCCCGCGCACCCGCUGGUCCUGCUGGCCAACCUGCUCAGCGGGAAGCUGCUCAAGGGCGCCAGCAAGGUGCUCACGGCCCGCACGGGCGUCGAGGUCCCGCGCCGGCUCCUGCGGAAGAAGGUGCUCCUCCGGGGCUUCUCGCCCUGCCACCUGCGGACCUACGCCAGGAGGAUGUUCCCCGAGCGGGCGGUGCAGGACCGCCUGUUGAACCAGCUGGAGGCCAACCCCAACCUCUGCAGCCUGUGCGCCGUGCCCCUCUUCUGCUGGAUCAUCUUCCAGUGCUUCCGGCACUUCCACGCCGCCUUCGAAGGCUCGCCACAGCUGCCCGACUGCACGGUGACGCUGACCGACGUCUUCCUGCUGGUCACCGAGGUCCACCUCAACAGGAUGCAGCCCAGCAGCCUGGUGCAGCGGAACACACGCAGCCAGGCGGAGACCUUCCGCGCCGGCCGCGGCACCCUGUGCUCGCUGGGGCAGGUGGCCCACUGGGGCAUGGACAAGAGCCUCUUCGUCUUCAGCCAGGAGGAGGUGCAGGCCUCCGAGGUGCAGGAGGGGGACCUGCAGCUGGGCUUCCUGCGCGCCCUGCCGGAGCUGGGGCCCGGAGGGGACCGGCAGUCCUACGAGUUUUUCCACCUCACCCUCCAGGCCUUCUUCACAGCCUUCUUCCUCGUGGUGGACGACAAGGUGGGCACUCAGGAGCUGCUCAGGUUCUUCCGGGAGUGGGCGCCUCCCGGGGAGGCCGCGGCGGCGUCGGUGUCCUGCUCUCCUUUCCAGUGCCUGGGCGGCGGCGGCGGCCUGGCAGGGGAAGACCCUUUCAAGAACAAGGAUCAUUUCCAGUUCACCAACCUCUUCCUGUGCGGGCUGCUGUCCAAAGCCAAACAGAAACUCCUGCGGCACCUGGUGCCCGCGGCGGCCCUGAGGCGAAAGCGCAGGGCCCUGUGGGCGCACCUGUUCGCCAGCCUGCGGUCCUACCUGAAGAGCCUGCCCCGGGUCCAGAGCGAGCGCUUCAGCCAGGUGCAGGCCAUGCCCACCUUCAUCUGGAUGCUGCGCUGCAUCUACGAGACGCAGAGCCAGAAGGUGGGGCAGCUGGCGGCCAGGGGCAUCUGCGCCAACUACCUCAAGCUGACCUACUGCAACGCCUGCUCGGCCGACUGCAGCGCCCUCUCCUUCGUCUUGCACCACAUCCGCAACCGGCUCGCCCUCGACCUGGACAACAACAACCUCAACGACUACGGCGUGCGGGAACUGCAGCCCUGCUUCAGCCGCCUCACCGUCAUCAGACUCAGUGUAAACCAGAUCACUGACGACGGCGUAAAGGUGCUGUAUGAGGAGCUGACCAAGUACCGAAUCCUGACGUAUUUGGGUUUAUACAACAACCAGAUCACUGAUGUUGGAGCGAGGUACAUCUCCAAAAUCCUGGAUGAAUGCAAAGGCCUCACACACCUGAAACUGGGAAAAAACAAAAUAACGAGCGAAGGAGGGAAGUGCCUCGCCCUGGCUGUGAAGAACAGCAAAUCAAUCUUUGAGAUCGGGAUGUUGGGGCAAUCAACUCGGGGACGAAGGAGCAAAGGCCUUCGCAGAGGCCCUGAGGAACCACCCCAGCCUGACCAACCUGAGUCUUGCAUUCAACGGCAUCACCACCGAAGGAGGAAAGAGCCUGGCGAGGGCCCUGCAGCAGAAUGCGUGUCUGAAGAUAUUCUGGCUGACCAAAAAUGAACUCAACGAUGAAGUGGCAGAGAGUAUGGCAGAAAUGUUGAAAGUCAACCAGACGUUGAAACAUUUAUGGCUUAUCCAGAAUCAGAUCACGGCCAAGGGGCUCGCCCAGCUGGCGGAUGCGUUGCAGAGUAACACUGGCAUCAUGGAGAUUUG